UGUCCGGGAUACUGUCAUUUAUAUUGGAAUUCAGUGAGGAAUUCAGUGCGAACGGGCAGCGGAGCCGCGAGGGCGCGCGAGAGCUUGAAAGAGGGAGGCGCGUGUCUAGAUGCGCUGCCGUCAUUUAGCUUUAUUGCAACUUUUGAUAUCGUUUAAUGCUUUCCUCUGAGGGAGUAGCGCCGUAUCUGCAGGAUUAGUGUGUUUUAUAACGGACCGGAUCAAGAAGGAGCGAAGUAUCCGCGAAACUACGUCCGCCGGGGAGCGUGUGUGUGGCGGCCGAAGGGUUACGGUGGGACCGAGGCGUGUGCAGCCGUCAUCCCACGCCGAAGUCUCUCUGGAAAUAGAUGGACACAUGGCUGCAGGAGGGGAGAACAGUAAGGUCUCUGCAGGGAUGCUGGGACAAUCAGCCAAGGCUCAGCUGAAAUGGGCGGCUGUGCGGGGUCGCCUCAGCAGCUCCCAGGAGGCAGAGCCAGCGGAAGCAAACCUGGAGAAUGCCGACCCGGAGCUGUGCAUCCGGCUGCUGCAGGUGCCCACCGUGGUCAAUUACUCGGGUCUGAAGCGUCGCUUGGAAGGCAGUGACCAAGCCUGGAUGACGCAGUUCCUGGAACUCAGCGGACUGGACCUGCUGCUGGAGGCUUUGGACCGGUUGUCAGGCCGCGGUUGCUCUCGCAUUGCUGAUGCACUUUUGCAGCUCACCUGUGUCAACUGUGUGCGUGCUGUCAUGAACUCCUCAGCUGGCAUCCACUUCAUCGUGGACAACGAGGGCUAUGUGCGCAAGCUGUCGCAAGCCCUGGACACCUCCAACAUCAUGGUAAAGAAGCAGGUGUUUGAGUUGCUGGCUGCCCUCAGCAUAUUUUCAGCAGAUGGCUACAACCUGGCCCUGGAUGCCCUGGACCAUUACAAGAGUGUGAAGAUGCAGCAGUACCGCUUUAGUGUGAUCAUGAAUGAGCUGCAAGCAACAGACAAUGUUCCUUACAUGGUCACCCUGCUCAGCGUCAUCAAUGCCUUCAUUCUGGGGACUGAGGACCUGCGGCGGAGGGACAGAGUGCGCAAGGAGUUUGUUGGGCUACAACUACUGGAUAUAUUGCCAAAAUUAAAAGAACAGGAAGAUGAAGACCUAAUGAUCCAGUGUGAGGCAUUCGAGGAGACCAUGGCUGAGGAUGAAGAGGAACUGAUGAGGCUCUAUGGGGGUAUUGAUAUGGGAAACCACCAAGAGGUGUUCAGUACACUUUUCAACAAGGUUAGCAGCUCCCCAGCCUCCUUGCAGUUGCUCUCUAUCCUGCAGGCUCUGCUGCAGCUAGGGCCAGAACGGACAGAUGUGUGGCAGGUGCUGGAGGCCCUUAGCAACAGGGCUCUGCUGCUGGCUCAGAACUCUGAACUGGACUCAACUGAAAAGAUAAUGGACCGUCUGAUAAUCUCCAAAGGAAGACCCAGCAGUGAGCACACUGCAGUGCUUCAGCCUUCCAGGGGUACUGAUAGGGCUGUCCAGACAGAGAAGAUGGAUGGUAGCCUGGGUGAAGUGACCAAGUCCAGUGCAACAGCAGCAGUACCCCCGCCUCCGCCUCCACUCCCACCCCUGCCUGGGUUUGAAGUUGGAGUGCUUCCUCAGCCCCAUAUGGGUCUGGCUCAUCCUGCUGCUGUUCCUGCUGUUCCUCCUCCACCUCCUCCACCACCACCCCCUCUGCCUGGUGCUGUACGUAUCCCCCUGCCACCGUCUACCUUGCCAGGUGUGACACAAGGAGGUCCACCACUCCCACCUCCCCCGCCACCUCUGCCCGGUGCUUUAGGUAUUCCUCCCCCACCACCUCCCUUGCCAGGUGUGGCACAAAGAGGUCCCCCACCUCCACCUGGUUUGGGAGGUAUGAUGCCUCCACCACCACCACCCUUACCAUUUGUAGGUGUGCCCCCUCCACCCCCUGGAGCUCUAGGGGUUCCUCCUCCCCCACCUUUCUUGCCAGGUGGGGGUCCACCACUGCCUCCCCCUCCCCCAUCAAGUGGAAGUGAAGUAGUGGUGGCCCACACCUUCUAUUCUGUGGGCUGUGCGCCCGUUUCCUCCUGCAAAGCUGGCCGCUACCCCACACAACGCAUGAAGAAGCUCAACUGGCAGAAACUGCCCUCCAGAGUUGUCACAGAAAGCCAGUCAAUGUGGACCACAAUGCAGGGGGAAAGCCCUGUGGAACCUGACUAUUCCAGCAUUGAGGAAUUAUUUAGCCUGCCACUGGCUGAGUCCAAAGACAAGGGGCCAGUCACAGUGGUAAAGAAGGAGCCUAAAGAGGUUUCUUUCAUUGAUGCCAAGAAAAGCCUAAAUUUGAAUAUUUUUCUGAAGCAGUUUAAAUGUUCUAAUGAAGACAUUGUGGCCAUGGUGCAAAAUGGAGAUAGGUCCAAGUUUGAUGUGGAGGUGCUGAAACAGUUUCAGAAGCUGUUUCCAGAAAAGCACGAGAUCGAAAACUUGAAGUCCUUUCAAGGCGAGAGAGAGAAGCUGGCGAAUGCUGACCAGUUUUACCUUUUGCUCCUAAAAGUUUCCUGCUACCCACUGAGAAUAGAAUGCAUGCUGCUCUGUGAGGAAGCAGUGUCUCUGCUGGAGACGCUGAGGCCCAAAGCAGAGUUGGUGGAAGAAGCAUGUCAAAGUCUUCGAGGCAGUCCCUGUCUUCCCAGUUUCUGCAAGCUCAUCCUUGAUGUUGGGAACUUCAUGAACUAUGGGAGUCACACUGGUAAUGCGGAGGGCUUCAAGAUCAGCACUCUGCUAAAGCUGACAGAAACUAAAGCCACAAAGUCCCGCGUCACGCUGCUUCAUCACAUUCUGGAGGAGGCUGAAAAGAACCACCCUGAACUGUUGAGGCUCCCAGAUGACCUUGAGAAAUGCGAGAAAGCUGCUGGAGUGAACUUGGAGUCCAUCCAGGUGGAAGCAAGCACGUUCUUCAAACGCCUCAAGGACACUAAACAGAAAGUCAGCCUGUCAACAGCUGACAUCAAAGAGCAGUAUUUAAGUGCUCUUGAGGACAACCUGGAGACUUUUAAAGCCCUGGAGGACCGCUUUGCUGCCAUUGAGUGCAAGAAGUCUGACCUGGCACUGUACCUGUGUGAGGAGCCAACCCAGUUCUCACUUGAAGAGCUCUUCAGCACCUUGAAAACCUUCCGGAGCCUCUUCCUCAAGGGACUGAAGGAGAAUCAGACCUGGAAGGAACAGGAGGCCAAGGCAGAGAAGAGAAAGAAACAGCUGGCGGAGGAAGAAUCAAAAAGGCAGAAGGGGGACAAUGGAAAGAUAGUACGGAAAGGUCCCGGGGUUCAAGAAGAGGGCUGCAUUGUGGACCUCUUGCUGGCGGAUAUUCGGAAGGGUUUCCAGCUGAGGAAGACACGGCCCAGGUGCGAGACGGACAGCCGUUCCUCUAAUGAAAUUCAUAGGGAUAACAGCCAGCCUGCUGCAGACCCAAGUGCAAAUUCUGCAGGAAAUGAAGUAGGAGCACUGGAUACCGUAGCUACCUUGACCGCCAGUCAAACCCCAGGAAAUGUAGACAACGUGGGAAGGGCGCACUCUGCCAAAUCAGAAGGACCUGUAUUGUCACCAGCUACUGACCAACCCAUUAGCCCUCAGGACUCCAAGGAAGCUCAGCUAAAUUCUCCUGGGGAGCAGCCAACCAUGGGGCCUUCUGACACCUCCACAAUAUCCACCUUUCCUCUAGCCACAGAUGGUGAUGUGCCUACGGUGAAUGAGAGCAGCAGCUGUCAGGACUUGGAGACAGCAUGUGUAUCCAGUCACGAACUUAUCCGCUCACAAGGGGGUGCUGCUCUGCCUCCUUUGAGCACGCUCGACGGCACUUGCGCGGACUUGAAUGGAAGCAGCAUCUCGGGGCCCGGUGAAUGUGCUGCUCCUAGUGAGAACAUAGUGGGCACUGCUAAUUCAGGGAGCGGGACCACAGACGUCAACGCAUGUGGCGUGGCUGAGAGUACAUGUGUCUGCAAAGUACCUGAUUGGCCAGACAUACAGGAAGCACCAGUGUCUGCCUCUGCUGUUCCUGACCCAGCACCUAAAAAACAGAAGCACGUAAAAAAAGCAGGGACGAAGAAAGUUGGAAGCGACACACACAAAACUGGGUGUGUGAUACAGUGAGGUAGGUCAAACAGCUGGGCAUCUAACUCCUGUAAGAGACAAUGUGUGAGCAUCACUGUGAUCUAACGCUGUAACCCAUUGGUCUUCAUUGGUUUAAGCAAUUCCUUAUUUAUUGCAUAGUUUUAACCAUGCUUUACUCAUACUUGCGUUGUCUCUUCAGUAAACCUCAGGUCCGCAGUAGUUGUUAGGUGUUGAAUCUUAUAGACAAGUAGACUUAUUUCAUUCAUAGAUGGCAAAAAUAGGGUUGUGUUGGCUUUUUCAGAACGGUUAGCAUGUAUUAGAUUCAUUGUUCAUCAGCUUUGGUUUGAUGUUAGAACUGUGAAACUACUGAUGGUACAUGCCAUUCCUGGCACCAUCUGUUAUCCUGUUGAUGACAGAUUUUACUGUUUGAAUUUAAAUAAUUCAGUUAUGACUAAGACCAUGUGGAAUACUUUUGACCCCCCUGUAGGCAAGUCUUGAAAGUUGAAAAGCAAUAUGGACCAGAGAACUCUUCAUCUGUGCUUUUUUCCCCUCAUAGAUUGACUCUGAAUGGGUACUUCCCUGCUCUCCAACUUAUACUGAAGUAAUCUGAGACUUUGUUUAACCUACUAACAAGGCUGAGAGCCACCUGUGCUUUCCGAAUUACUGUUUUAAUAAUUGCUAUAUGUAUUCUAACCGUGCGUUUGGUAAUUGUUUGUUUGUGGUAAUUGGCCAGUCAUGAACACGAUUCUACUGGUUUUCUUCAAUGAUAAUCUCUUAAGGCUUUUUGAAAAUGUUCCAACUAAAACCACUAAAAAUCAGUUAAAACUACCCAAGCAAUACCUGUUAUACAAAUAACUUUUAUUUGUAUCUUCCUGUGAGGCUAACAAAACUUCUUGUCUCUCUGUACCCCAUUCGCCCAUGAUUUUGUACAGGUGUAGAAUGCAUAUACAUGUUUUUAACUGAUCCUUGUCUUUUUACAGGGGACUUCAAGAAAAAGAAGACAAAAUGCAAAGAAGUGUUGAUUUUUAAAUGUGAAGCUUUCACUUUGUCACACAAUCACAUUGGACUGGGGAGUCACUGCCCUUGUACUCUUGUGCAGUUGAUAUAUAUAAUCAACAGGGUUGUUAGUAAGGGGUUUGUUUUUUAAAUGUCAAUUCGUGCU